AAUUGCACUUGCGCAAUGAAGGUUUACGACCAUCAAUCAAUAUGUUGCAAAGUGGGAGCCCCAGCCAGUCCGACGCCAGUUGCAGCUGCCGCCAGACGCGCUGUCCCCUCGUCCCUCAAAGUGGAAGGAACCUAUCUCUUUGUCUACGAGUGGACUCAUAGCCAGCACGAAAUGUCGACUGCUGGUGGUGGUGACGAGCCGCCGAUAGACCGUCCCUUCGGAGAUCUGCGCCCCAACCUGGUCGAGUGGGUUGAAUCGGUUUUUGAAGAUUGCAUGGCGUAUGAUCGCACCAUCUUCUGUUCGUGCAGACUCUGCGAGACGCAGUUCGGUAAAGGAAGACCUGUUGUCACAAGACCUGUUGUCCCACGUCCGGACACGAGUAUGGAGGAAUUUUACGACGAGCCUCCCGAGAAGUACAGUUACCUCGGCUUUCUGAACGCUCGUCGCAAGGCCGCGUGGCAGCGGGAGAUCGAUCGCAUGGAUGGUAACGCUGAAGAGGAGAAACCCGCAGCAGACGAAGACGAAGACCUGGGGUUGGAGGCCUACCUCGAGGACGACGACCCGCAGGAUGACGCCGACAUGUCCGAGUCAGAGACAUACGACCCGAACGACUUGGACAAGAUAGUCAAUGCGAUACACCGUUAAGCUGUGUACUCAUUGCAAAUGUGGCGUGCCCCUACGGCUAUUAUUUAAAGUGUGACUGCAGCAUUAGACUUCAAGUGAAAUAUUGUUUACAGCUUAUUAGGUACGUCAUAUAAUUAUUAUAAAAGUAGCGCCGUGAUUCUAUGAAGUAGUUAUACGCUUUAAAUGUUCCCUCACCUACUUAUGUCAAAUUAAUUCAUUGUGUACAUUUUGUUUAAUUAUUUUUGAGUAGUUUCGUUUACAAAAAAAAAGUAGUUUUUAUUGAUUAUAGUAUUACCGUCAAACGGUUAGUAUAGUUUACUUUAGAAGAAGCUUUAAUGAUAAACUUCAGGUCCAAAAUUUCACUAUUAAUUCUCUAAUUCUGGAUAUAUUUUAAACAAAGUUUUUGUACAUCGGUUUUUCGGCCUAACUUUAACUAUUGAUUAAUACAAAAACGAGCUUAUUUUUAAAGUACCUGUUAUAAUUUAACAUUAGAUAAGAAAUUGUGAUGCCAAAUUUUAUACUGCUUAAACUUAAAUCAGGAUUGUAUUACUAAAAGGAGAAUUAGGUUUAUUAAUAUUACUUUAAAGAUUUUGGACUAUUUUCUAUCUUUGUAUUGAUUGUUAAACUUACACUGUUUAUUUUUUUACUAUUGUGUUACUCCUUUGUGAAUUAAAUGUUGAAAAAAUUGA